AUGAAGACGAUCUCGACUUUGAUUACUCUCAUCCUCCUCUUCCUACGACUUUCCUCGGCCGCCACGUCCGGCACCUUCGACCUCCUCACCUACAACAUCGCGGGCUUGCCGGCCUUUCUGACCGACAACGGCGUCCCCGGCGACAAGGCCACCAACGCGGCGGCCAUCGGCUCCAAGUUCGCCGAGUACGCGUACGAUGUGAUCCACGUGCAGGAGGACUUUGCGUACCACUCCGACCUGUACGAGCAUGACAACCACGCCUACCGCACCGUCACGUCGGGCAACGUACCCUUGGGAAGCGGCCUGAACACACUCUCGCGGUUCCCGUGGACGACGUUCGCGCGCGUGCCGUGGUCCACGUGCUUCAUCAACGAGGCCGACUGCCUGACGCCCAAGGGCUUCACGUUCAUGCGUCUCCAGCUCCCUAGCAGCGUCACGGUCGAUCUGUACAAUCUGCACGCCGACGCCGGGGAUGAGCAGGGCGACAAGAACGCCCGGCGCGCCAACGUCCAGCAGCUCCUCGCCUAUAUCGCCGCCAAUUCGGUCGGCCGCGCGGUCGUCAUCGCCGGCGACUUGAAUGAUCGGUAUACCGAGUCGGGCCGGAGCAUCGAUCUCCUCACGGCCGCCGGGUUCCACGAUGCGUGGAUCGAGCUCGUCAGGGGUGGCGUCGCGCCCGCGGCCGGCUCGGCCAAUAUCGACUGUGGGAUCCCCGCGGGGACGAAUGACUGUGAGGAUGUGGACAAGAUCUUGUAUCGGUCGGGCGACUCGGUCAGCUUGUCGGCGCUCACCUAUAUCCACGUGGCGAACAAGUUUGUGCAGCCCAACGGCGAUAGACUCUCGGAUCAUAAUCCGAUUAGGGUCGAAUUUGCGUGGUCCACGGCUUGA